AUGCCGGACCCGACAGCCAAUCCCAGACUGAAGCAGAUUGUAGAAGGCGCCUGCCGGAUGACCGUAACACAACCAGACCAGCGCCUACCGGUGACUUCCGAACUGCUGGGACGCCUUCCAAGCAAACUGCACCUAACGUCCCUAAUACAAUACGACCAGCAAAUGGUUUGGGCCGCCUUUACGAUGGCUCAUCGUUUCCUCUUCCGCGUUUCGGAACUGACUUCGCCAUCCCCGACAGCUUUCAACCCGUCGGCUACCCUCCUGCUGCAAGACGUGUGUUGGAACGACACUGUGCUGCAGCUUUCGAUUAAACAGUCGAAAACAGACCAGCACAGGAAAGAAACCACACUGUUCAUGUCCGCUAGCGAAGCGCCGAUCAUCUACAAUGCCUGUGUUACCUAUGCACAACAACGUCAGCAUCGACAGCCUCCCGACCUGCCAUUCUUUAUCAACAGCAGCGGCCGCUUUCUCACGCGCUUUGACCUUAAGCAUGCACUGAAGAUAACCCUUCCAGAUGGGGAGGAUCGCGCCCGCUACUCAUCACAUUCCUUUCGAAUUGGCGGCGCCACUUCGGCCGCCGCUGAUGGCCUGUCCACUGAAGUGAUAUGUGAACGGGAACGAUGGAAGUCGUCCUCGUUCAAGCGCUACAUUCGCCCGCAAAGAAAUGUGCUGAAUUUGAUAAUUUUUGUUGGAGGGAAGAAGAAGUCUUCCGCGACCUUUUACAUGUCAGCGACGGCUGUUGCCGAUCUCGGAGUGCUGUAA